ACAUCACCGGAGAAAACCUUUAAACAAUCAUGACUGCACCGUACUAAUGGUCUGUAAUGGCGAAUUCGAUGUUUGGACCCGCUGAAGUGUCUGGAACGUAAAAGGACCAAUCAAAUAGAAAUGAGCGACCACGUGAUUUGAGAGGAAUCUGUAGAAAAGACCCCACCUAACGCGCGGCACUCGGGGACAGAUACUGAGGAGAAUUCUCGAAGAACGCACGAAGAUGGUGAUCCCUGCGAUGAAAGAGCUAAUUUCCAGAGAAAAUGUCAGGGUAGAAGCGAGUCCAGACUCUCGGCAAUCUGAACGUCACGUGACACGAAAGUGGGUGGCAACUGUGAUACAGCCAACAUGAAAAUGGCGAGAAAAAGGCUCAAGAUGACGCCAAGGAAGCGAUGAGCGCAUUCUUUGGUGACCUCGGACAAGAGUUCGCACCAGGCAAGCAUGGUCCACGUGGACCAGAAGGAAAGCAAGGAGAGCAGGGUGACCCCGGACCUAAUGGACUUCCAGGAGUUCCAGGCCCACCAGGUCCUCCAGGCUCUACUAGCGAGACUGCUGAUUCCUUUUACAAGAAGUUCAUGGAGAGACAACAGGGUGACUUCAAGGGGCAGACCAUGCCUGCUGGCACCGGGUACCUCCAAGCCCAACAGGGUCCCAUGGGUCCACGUGGUCCCUCUGGCCCCCCAGGGCCCCCAGGUCCCCCAGGUUUCCAAGGCCUCAGAGGUGAACAAGGAGAACAGGGACCAUCGGGCAACCCCGGAUCACGCGGAGCUCCUGGAAACCCAGGGUUACCCGGACGAGACGGUGAACCAGGCAAAGACGGCGAGUCAGGACCAAGAGGACUGCCCGGACCACCAGGAGCCAGAGGAGCCGCUGGCAUUCCAGGACUUCCAGGCGCCAAAGGACAUCGUGGUUUCCCCGGUGCCGCCGGAGCUAAGGGAUCCCAGGGAGCAAGUGGCCCAAGCGGUCCUACAGGAUCCCCAGGACAACAAGGAGAACAAGGCCCAGCUGGACCCCGCGGUGCCCCAGGAGAGAGAGGACGCAAUGGACCCCAAGGACCUCAGGGUCUGAGAGGUAUUGACGGACAGCCCGGUGCAGCUGGUCCACCAGGACCUGCCGGACCAACAGGGUCACCAGGAUUCCCCGGAUCUCCAGGUGCUAAGGGCGACCGCGGUGCUGGCGGACCUAAGGGUAACCAAGGUCUUCAGGGACCACGUGGCAUCCGUGGUGCCACCGGACCCCCAGGUGCAAAUGGCAACCCCGGCAAGGACGGUGCCCCAGGCAAGGAUGGCGAGAAGGGCCCCCAGGGUGAGACCGGAGCCACAGGUUCCCCAGGCUUCCCAGGACCCCAGGGUCCCCCAGGACCAGUAGGCGGCCCCGGACCUGCUGGGGCCAAGGGAGAGACAGGUGCCCCCGGAACCCCAGGUUACAAGGGAGAGCCAGGACCCCAGGGAGCUGCCGGACCAGCAGGAGAACGUGGAGCCCAGGGAAUGCCCGGCGAGCCAGGAAAGAGAGGUGCACGCGGUACCCCAGGAAACAACGGACCCCCAGGACCCCAGGGAGAUAGAGGUGGCCCAGGAGACCGCGGCCUCCCCGGACAAAGCGGACCAAUGGGCCCCAAGGGUGCUGACGGAGACAAGGGUGCCACUGGUGAGCCAGGUGCCAAGGGACCCCAGGGAGACACCGGCCGCCCAGGACAACAGGGAGCCAUGGGACCAAGAGGUAUGCCAGGCGCACAGGGUAAUGACGGACGCCCAGGACCAAUCGGCCCCGCUGGCCCCCCAGGUCAGGAUGGCAAACCCGGUGAGAUUGGACCAGCUGGCCAACAGGGCCUGCCCGGACUUCAGGGACCCCCAGGAGAGAAAGGAUUCCCCGGUGAGAAUGGAAAGAACGGUGAGGUUGGACCAGCUGGCCCCACUGGCCCACAAGGUGACCCCGGCAAGGACGGCCAGACCGGACCUAUCGGACCUCCAGGUCUACCAGGUGAGGCUGGAGAUAGAGGAGAGCCCGGCAAGACUGGCGCCCCAGGAUUCCAGGGACUCCCAGGUGCCCCAGGUAACCCAGGUGAGACAGGUAAACCAGGUGAACAAGGCGCCCCAGGAAACACCGGCAACCCAGGAGCUCCAGGUCCAAGAGGUGAGCGCGGUAUGCCAGGAGAGCGUGGCAACGCCGGCCCCGCUGGUCCUCCAGGCGCUCGUGGAUCUCCAGGUGACCCAGGCUCUGAUGGCAAACCAGGUGUGGACGGUAACCCCGGAGCCAAGGGAGAGAAGGGCGAACCAGGACUGGCGGGACUUCCAGGAGAGACCGGACCAACAGGACCCGCCGGCCCCAAGGGAGCUGACGGCGCCCAGGGACAGCCCGGACUCCCAGGAGAGGCCGGCAAGGAUGGAGAGAGGGGAGAACCGGGCCCACAGGGUCUCGCCGGCCCAGCUGGUGCUCCAGGCCCAAGAGGCGAGAACGGUAGUCCUGGACCAGCCGGUCAAGAUGGUCGCCCCGGUAAAAAUGGCGAUCGAGGUCAGCAAGGAUUCCCAGGGCAGCAAGGUCUUCCCGGACCGCCGGGUCCAGCUGGUCCACAGGGUCAGCGUGGUGAACAAGGUUCUCAGGGACUGAAGGGUGAACAGGGACAACAGGGUGACCGCGGAGAGCAAGGCCCAGCAGGUGCCCCAGGAAAGGACGGAUUGCCCGGCCGCCCAGGAAGCCGUGGUGACACUGGUGCUCAAGGUGCCGUUGGUUUGCCAGGUGCCCCAGGCCGCCCAGGUGGCCCCGGUGUCCAGGGUGCUAGCGGACCCCCAGGACCACAGGGCGAGGUCGGCCUGCCAGGAGAGAAGGGAGAGCGCGGUGAAACUGGUCCACAAGGACGUGCUGGAGACCAAGGACCAAUGGGACCACCAGGCCAGGAAGGUGACAAGGGACCAAAGGGUGACGACGGUGCCCCAGGUGUUGCUGGGCCCCCAGGAGCACAGGGAUCUCAGGGAGACAGAGGCAGCCCAGGUAUACCAGGAGGUAGAGGAGAGAGAGGACCACAAGGUGCCCCCGGCCCAGCUGGUGAACGCGGUGCUCAGGGCCAGGCAGGCAAAGAUGGCUCUCCGGGUAACCAGGGUCUCCCAGGAUCUCAGGGACCAGCCGGACCACCAGGAGCAACCGGAAAUGAGGGUAUGCCAGGAAAGGAUGGUCUCCCAGGACCUGCAGGUCGUCAAGGCGAGAAGGGUCCACCAGGCCCCAGCGGCCCACCAGGCCCAAGCGGUCUCCCAGGACAACAGGGUCCACCUGGCCAACAAGGAUCUCAAGGUCCAUCAGGAGAAAGGGGUGAACGGGGUGAGCGUGGUCCAGUCGGUCCAUCCGGGCCAUCAGGUCCUCCAGGAGCAACUGGCGCCCAAGGCCUUCAAGGUGUUAAGGGAGAUCGUGGAGCCGAUGGAAAGAAGGGUGACAAGGGUUUCACCGGUCUCCCAGGUCUUCAGGGAAGUCCAGGCCCACAGGGUCCAUCAGGAGAGAUGGGUCCAGCUGGAUCUAACGGAGCACCAGGACCAAGGGGUGAACGCGGUUAUCCCGGUAAGAUGGGUGCAACGGGACAAAUGGGACAACCUGGUCCCCGUGGGCCUACCGGUCCAAGAGGUAUGUCUGGAGAUGACGGCAGACCAGGUCCACCCGGUCCACCAGGUCCUCCCGGACCCCCAGGCUCGGCUGCCGCCGAAAGACCAAUAUAUCCACCAUUUUUCAACAGGCCUAAAGGUCCAGAUCCGUACCUUAAUGAUGCUCCAGGAAAAUUCUCAGGAGAGGAGAACGCUUUUGAGAGCCUCCAGUACCUCCAACAGGCCAUCAACAAGAUGAGGAAGCCAGACGGCACCAAGGAGAACCCCGCCAGAACCUGCAGAGAUCUCGCUGCUGCCAACGACAAACUGGAGAGCGGCAAAUACUGGGUGAACCCAGAAGGCGGCAUCAGCUCUAGCCCCAUUGAAGUGUAUUGUGACAUGAAGACGCGCGAGACCUGCAUUUUCCCCAAGAGAGAUGCAUUUGAGAAGAAGGAAUGGAUGACCGAAGAAGUCGACGAACACAUUUGGUUUGGAGAGAACGUUGAUGGCGGAGAUAAAUUCUACUACCAAACCGACAAGAUCCAGAUCAACUUCCUGCAGAUUCUCAGCCACGCGGCCAGACAGACCAUCACCUACCAUUGCCGUAACUCUGUUGGUUAUGCUGAUGGAGAGGCCGCUCUCGAUAAGGCCGUGAAGCUGUUCACUUACAACGAGCUUGAGCUGGAGGCAGACUCCGGCCCCAAGACAAGAUACAACGUCAACGAGGACAGUUGCGGCGAGAACACUGGCAAAUGGGGCAAGACUGUCAUCGCCAUCGACACAGAGAAACCCCAGCGGCUGCCCAUCAUGGAUAUAGCUGUGAGGGACGUCGGCAGAGGAAAGGCUUUCGGGCUGGAAAUCGGACAAGUCUGCUUCUCAUAACCUAUCUCUACAAUCAUGCAUUUAUAAGUACUAGAUGAUGACGCCAACGAUCGGAAAGACUUGAAUCAAUUGAAAAAAUUUAAAAAAAUAAAAGGAAAGAAAAGAUGUAAACGAAAAACCUCCCAUUUCGUGAGGGUCGGAUAUGUAAUACUAUGAAAAGUAUGAGAUAUUGUAGAAUUGUUCUUAUUAUUAUUUUAUGCUCGUUGUGUAUGCCUAGCUCUAUGCCAAGAUGUAAUUAAGUAAUUUUGUUUCUGCCUGUUGAUUCAAGGGACGCUGUUGUCAUGGAAACAAGGCCCCUUGGGAUCAGAACCCCAGCCACCUUGCGGCCCCCCUAAGGGACUGCUGAGGUGGUGGGGAAAAAACCCAAUUCCAAAUCUCACACACGCUGUCUUUCCAAACUUGUACAUUUCGUAACAUUAGACUUACCAUCUUAAGUAGACAGCGGCAUUAUUUAAAGGUAUAGUGCUGUAUAGAUUUUGGUCUUAGGGGGCCUUUCAACUAGCAUAUGCGAUUCCCUGAAACUUACUAGUAUGCACUUCACAAAGAAAAAAAGACUAGAGACUUAAACUCAUGUGUCAAGUGUAAUGUGAUAUGGAGCUCCCUACUGCCACGACAGCUACAUACUGCCAUGACGUAGGCUGCGGGGGAGGCUAAUCAGGUCACGUGUCCAGGGCCAGAGGUCGAGGUCAAAUGGUGUCAAGGUCAAUGAGUUAAUAUCCCACUGUGUAAUUUUGUAUAACGUAGCUGUAGAUUGUUCCGUCUGUACGAAACCAGUUCUGUUUAAGAUCAAUUGAGGACAUGAACACUAUCAGUAAAGACUGCGAAAUUAGCUGUGAACUGGCUCUAGAAUGGCAAACGGGAGACAACUGGCUCGAGAUAUGUGAUCUUGUGAGGCCUUGGCCUGCAGUUCUAUGAUGUAGAUAUGAUAAUAAUGCAUUUACAAUAUUAUUUUUAUUAACACUGCCCUGAUUUCAUAAUGGUGCUGAAUUUGUAAAGAGAAUUGCUAUGGGAACAGGCUACUUCCGGUGCCUGGUCUGCCUGCUGUAUAAUACAGUGGGGGUUUAUGGAAGCAUGAUUGUAGUCGCAUGUCAUGCCACUGCAAUAAAGAUGAACUGGAUCUGAAA